CCCCCCCUGCUUCCGGCAUUAGCUGUAGUCUCUCCCGUUACACGGAGACACAAAGACUUGGUGGUGGGCAUUGCGGAGGGAUGGACGCGGCUUGACAGGCAUGCCAAUGCCUCAGAGAGUGUUGUCUGCCAGCCGCUUGUCAUGUGAGCUGCCCCUGGAUGUGUCAUGGGCCCCUGGGGUCGCGCAGGAUGCUUGCACCUUGGACAGCGACUGACGUUAACUUGCUCUUGAGAAAGGGGUGCAGGUGCUUUGGGGCUACUGAAUGACAGCCCCGCAGCCCCAACAUGGAGGCGGUGGGAGACUUCGAGUACUGCAGGAAGGACCUGAUCGGGCAUGGAGCCUUCGCCGUGGUGUUUAAAGGGCGGCACAGGAAGAAAACAGACUGGGAGGUGGCUAUAAAGAGCAUCAAUAAAAAGAACUUAUCAAAGUCACAGAUCCUGCUUGGCAAAGAGAUCAAAAUUCUGAAGGAGCUGCAGCAUGAAAACAUUGUGGCUCUUUAUGAUGUCCAGGAAUUACCCAACUCUGUUUUCUUGGUCAUGGAGUACUGCAAUGGAGGAGACUUGGCAGAUUAUUUACAAGCCAAAGGAACUUUGAGUGAAGACACCAUACGAGUCUUUCUGCAACAGAUCGCAGCUGCCAUGCGGGUGUUGCAUAGCAAGGGCAUUAUCCACAGGGACCUGAAGCCUCAAAACAUACUUCUCUCGUAUGCCAGUCGGAAGAAGUCAACUUUUAGUGGCAUCCGGGUAAAGAUUGCGGACUUUGGCUUUGCACGUUAUUUACAGAGUAACAUGAUGGCUGCCACAUUAUGCGGAUCCCCAAUGUACAUGGCACCAGAAGUUAUUAUGUCCCAACACUAUGAUGCAAAGGCUGACCUGUGGAGCAUAGGAACUGUCAUUUAUCAGUGUCUGGUUGGCAAGCCACCUUUCCAGGCCAAUAGCCCUCAGGAUCUCAGACUGUUCUAUGAAAAGAAUAAGAACCUAGUCCCGAGCAUUCCUGGAGAAACCUCUGCUUACCUAUCCAACUUGCUGCUGGGUUUACUUCAGAGAAACCAAAAGGACAGGCUAGAUUUUGAGGGAUUUUUCAGUCAUCCUUUCUUAGAUCAGGUCUCCACAGUCAAAAAGUCCUGCCCUGUCCCAGUGCCCACGUACUCGGGGUCAAGUAUUUCGGGCAGCUCCUGUGGAAGCUCACCAUCUUGUCGCUUUGCAUCUCCUCCUUCUCUGCCAGACAUGCAGCAUAUCCAGGAAGAAAAUCUGUCAUCACCACCAUUGGGUCCUCCAAAUUACUUACAAAUCUCCAAGGACUCUGCCAGCACAAGCAGCAAGAACUCUUCAUGUGACACAGAUGACUUUGUCCUGGUACCAAGCAACCCCUCCUCUGACCACUCAUAUGAUAUGCCUACAGGGACAGCCGGGCGCAGGGCGUCUAGUGAGUUCUUGAUGUGCGGAGGGCAGUCUCCCUUGAAUAUAUCUGGCGUUUCUGGACAAACACAGAAGGCCCCUUGUAGCGCCUCUCGCUGUAGCUCUUCAACUGUUACUACCAGACAGAACCAGCCUCAGACGUCACCACGCAGCGAGACGGCACCUAUUCCUGUCCCAACACAGCUACGGAACUAUCAACGCAUCGAGCAGAAUCUUUCAUCCACUGCUAGCCCGACAUCUAACCCGCAUGGGUCACCCAGAUCAGGGGCAGUGAGACGUUCCAAUACCAGCCCCAUGGGCUUUUUAAAGGUUGGUUCUGGGUCUCCAAGUUCAGCAGACGUGGUGUCGGCUACUGGACGCCGUCUAUCCACUGGCUCUUCACGACCCUAUUCUCCAUUAGUCGGAACCAUCCCAGAGCAGCUUGGACAUUGUUGCUGCGGUCAUGCUCAAGGCCAUGAGUCCAGAAGUAGAAGCUCUUCAGGAGGUUCCCCAGUGCCACAGUCGCAGUCGCCUCAGUGUUUGCUGGGUGGAAGACUGCCGAGUGCCCCGACCCUCACAGACAUCUACCAGAACAAGCAGAAGCUAAGGAAGCAACAUUCGGACCCAGUCUGUCCCUCAUAUGCUGGACAUGGCUUUAGUCAUUCUCCACAGCCACCACGACCCGUCAGUCUUGGAGCAUCUCCUACAAAACACAUGGGAUCAUCCCCAAGGAGUUCAGAAUGGCUAUAUAAAAGCCCCUUACCCACCAUCAUAGGAUCACCGACCAAGGCAACUGCUCCAUUCAAGAUCCCUAAAACACAAGCCUCAUCAAAUCUUCCCGCUUUGGUUACUCGUCAGGGACCUGUAGACACCCUCGUACAGGUCAAAGACUUGUUGGAACCAAGGGAUUGCUCUCAUUUCCAUUGCCCACAUGGGAGUGAAAAGCCAGGCAGUGCAGAACAUGGCAAAGCAGUGUUUGGAAGGUCUGUGAGUGCCGGGAAACUGUCAGAUCAGACCAGCAGAACACUCCUGGGAGGACAGCAUUACCAGGGCAGCACAGACAGCCUGAACGCUGAGCGUCCCAUGGACACGGUCCCUUCUGGUGCUACAGGUAGUGUCCUCACAGUGCCGGUGAUGCCUCAUAGAGCAGUGAUGUUCACUGUUGGGUCUCCUCCCAGCAGCGCCACCCCUCCUACGUGUACUCACAUGAUGAUGAGGGCUCGCGCCACUUCAGUUGGUUCAAACAGCUCUGGUGGCUCCCUGUGCUCCACUAGUGGCCGCGUGUAUAUGGGAUCCCCAUCCGGAAUUCACAUGGGCUCCUCUCCUCCUGGAGCAGAUGCAGCACCAGCUCUAAGAUACAUGUCCUAUGGCACAUCACCACCUAGUCUAGAAGAUUUCAUAACAUUUGAGGCCCCUGACCUCCCUGAGGAAACGCUCAUGGAGAGGGAACACACAGAAACUCUCCAACACCUCAAUCUGAUGCUUGCCUUCAUCGAAUGCGUCAUGGAGCUGACUACAAGCCGUGGUUGUAAUACUGAUCUCUGCUGUUCUGCUGUAUCCCUUUACCAGAUACAGGAAAGCGUAGUGGUAGAUCAGAUAAGCCAGCUGACCAAAGAAUGGGGACAAGUGGAACAGCUGGUACUGUACAUGAAAGCCGCUCAGAUCCUGGCAUCCUCCCUACAGCUUGCCAAAUCGCAGAUCAAAUCAGCAAAGUUGACCCCUUCAAGUGCUGUAAAGCAAGUGGUGAAGACCAUGAAUGACCGAUACAAGUUCUGCAUCAGCAUGUCUAAGAAACUGACUGCGCAGCUAAAUCGCUUUUUCUCCGACAAACAGAGAUUUGUGGAUGAGAUCAACAGCGUCACAGCAGAAAAAUUAAUCUACAAUUGCGCUGUGGAAAUGGUUCAGUCAGCUGCACUAGAUGAGAUGUUCCAGCAGACAGAAGAUAUUGCUUAUCGCUACCACAAAGCAGCACUUCUUUUAGAAGGCCUAACAAAGAUCCUACAGAGCCCUGCAGACAUUGAGAACGUCCAUAAAUAUAAAGCCAGUGUGGAAGGAAGACUGUCUGCACUCUAUGGAGCAGUGGCUUUGUAUGACUAGUAAUGGUAUCCAUUGGACUGCUGAAGAGCAAAGCAAGGGACCACUGUAGUGUAAUUCUGUGUAAAUAUACUUGUACAUCUGUAUCUGGAAAGAGGAACCAAAAUCUCCAUUGGUGGCUUUCCAGUUGGAAAUAAAUCAGGGGACUGCAGAAAGGCUGCCUUAUUUUAAAGACACUCCUCGCAAAACAUGCCUUUCAGUGUACAUGUAAUAUGGAAGGAAAUUUUUAACCUUGGAAAUGUUUUUUUGGCGAAUGAACUAUGGUUGCUCCAGGAAACGGAGUGGAGGUGAUGAAACCAGUAGGUAAACCUUCACAAGCAGCAACCCAGUAUUCCAGUAGUGAAGUGUUCAAUGUUUACCUACUCACAUAGGGUUUCUGGUACAACGUCUGAACCCAAAGGAUCCAUCCAACAGAAACGAAAGAGAAGCACUUUAUUUUGAGUAGGAAGAGAAGGCAAAAAAAUCCUGAAACUUGACCAUGCAGAGUCUUGGUUCAUUUACUCUCCUUUUGAUGUGGCUACUUGAUGUUCUACUUUUAAACCAAUUUAUUUUGCACUAAUUUCUUAAAACUGUAAAUUAUUAUCUUGUAUGGAACUCUUAUCAAUAUGAAAAGGCACAAUGGAUUUACUGAAAAAAAAAACUAAAAAGUUAUCAUUUCAUUGUAUGUAUCAAAAAAGUUGGAAUUUAAUAUGUAGCUUCCUAAAAACAAAAAAAAAGACUUGUGACCCUUUUGUAUCGAUUUGUCUAAUACUUGAUUAUUAAUAUGUUUGUUUUCAAUAACGUUUUAUUUUGUCGGUAUUUGCUUUAUAUACAGGUGUUGUGAGUUGCAUAUAUAUUGGUUUGUGCAUGUGCUAUGUACUAACUCUAGUUCUCUAAUCGGGUGUUAUCCUACCAGACGUAAAUUUGUUCCAUGGACAGUGUUAGAGAAGGAAAACCGUGCUGUAAUAUAGACAUGUGUGUGACUACUACUAUUCUGUUACGUAUUAAUAGACAGUAGCUACUAUCAAUUAUACCCCUAAAUCUGUAGUGUGGCCUGCAAAUGUUAGGGUGCAGUUCACAUGUCUUAACAGUAGAUGGCGCAGUAAGAGCAGCUCACAGCUAUGGCACCAAAGGUUAGUAGAAAAAAACUGCUGUGUGACCUGUAGGACAAGAGUCAUGGUCACUGGAGGCCAGUACUUGGCAAAGUUUUUUUUUUUAAAUUUUUUUAUAAAGAACAAUGGUGCCACACAUUCAUUUCAUGUGUAUAAUGCCACUUUUUUGUGGCAUUCCGUGGCCAUUUUGGAUAAGCCUUUUUGUCAUUUUUAAUUAUGUAAGGAAACUGCCAUAGCAAAAAUAGUCACACCUAAGUCCCAGGCCUUUCAAAUGGGCUCUUAUGCUUUUAUGUAUGUUUUCAUGGAAAAAAAAUUGAAAACAUUUUCACCCUUAAUGAAAAAAAAAUAUAUAAUAAUAAUAAUUUUUGUCACCCUUUUAAGUUUGUUGUUUUAGAUGUUAGGUUUUUGUGUGUAUUUUUUUUAGACGUAUGCAAGUAUUUCAUUUACAAAAAUCAUAACUGGCGCAGUGGUCAUUUUUAAAGGGAGUCCAUCACCAGUGACCUCCCUAUCAAGCUGUUUGCAUAGACACAUAGCUGUGGUUUCCCUGAUUAAUACGCUGUUUUUCUUUUGUAGAUCGGAGACUCCGUUCCAGGGUUAUGGAACUUUUUCUUAAUAUGCAAAUUAGGCCUUUGGUGCAAUGUAGAAGUCACCAUUGCUCCUGUUGCACACAAGCUUUCCUCCUUUCUGUGGCAAUUCCUUCCCUGGCUGGCCACAGAGAGGAAAGGGCAAAGGCGACACCCUCAUUGCACCAGAGACCUAUUUAGAAAAAGUAUCCUAACCCAGAAAAGGAGCCUCGGAUCAACAUAAGAAAAGCAGUGUUUUAAUUGGGUUACGCACAGCUAUGUGUCUAUGAAAACAGUGGUAUAAUCAGGUCGCUGGUGACAGAUUCCCUUACGUAAGUAGUGAAAAGCAAUUGGAAGUGACCAUGAAAUACCAGCAGCUUUAUAUGUGGUUAUGAUUCAUUAUCGUAUGUUUAUACUCACUCACUAAACUUCACGGAGGCACACUCCCAUGCGAAACUGAUCUCGAUGUCUGCUUGGUGAAUACGGCGCAUAUAUUAUUAUGAAUAUUAUGCAGAGUCUUCAUUUAUUAUGUUACUGGGUGAAAAAGCUCAUAUUUAAAGUUUUAAGUAUUUUGGAAAAUGUUAUUCUUUAGUUUUGCCAUAAUGAGUAUUGGAAUCAGUCAAUGUCCGACAGCGGUCCCACAUGACAACAGGCUUAUGUCCACUAUUAAAUCUGCCACAUUGAAAAUGCAGUGUACAGGCACCAUGGAGAUGGAGCCGGGCAGACUGAUACAUCUGAGCUGUUAAUCACUGCAUAGGACUGCCCAGGUGUAGGAAGAACAGAUUUUCCCACAAAUUGUGUAUGAAUCUGUUGCCCACAGAAAGGACCGCAUGUACACCAUGUGUGUGAGAAAUCUAAUUUUCAUCCGUAUCAUUGGGGGACACAGGCAUUGAGCAUGGGUAUAGCUGUUGCCGCUAGGAGGCGGACACUAAGCACACAGUGUAAGCUCCUCCCUCUUUAGCUGUAUCCCUUCCCGCAGGGACCAAGCUAAUCAGUUUUAGCUUAGUGUCUGUAGGAGGCAGACCUUCCUGCGUUGCAGGUCUGCUGAUUUACAAAUUUUGUCUUUUUAUUUUAAUUUUUUUUAUUUUUUAUUUAUUUUUUUUCUAGCGGGAAGCUUCAGGCAGUCUGGGUAAAAACUGCCUGCACUCCCACCCAGGAGACGGGAGACCAGGGGGUCACCCAAACCCCCUGCUCGUUCCCGCUCUCUAGAAGAAAAGGAGGACCAGAGGUCCCUGUAAAAACCUCAGUCUCCCGCCAGCAAGCGCAUCACCACGGCCGCCCCAGCGAAAGUCCCAUCUGUUGCAGUGUAGUGUCCCUCACCAAGGGGCCGCACACUGAAGGUAGUGAUCCGGCUGGAGUCGGGGACAGAAGACGUUGGACAGGCGAGUAGGAGCAGUGCUCCCCUCCGCCCUCCCUCCAGUAAGCCCCUCAGUGCCCCCUUCCAGGACCCCGGCAAGUAUUCCCUCCUCCCCACCUGUGGACUUGGGCAGCAAUCUCCUUUAAGGGUUAACAUACCCCCUGCUGCAGCAAGGAGGUGGCUGCUUUCUUUGUACAAGCCGCGCGUCUGCUGCGGCUUCCCGGGCUGAUGGUGUUCUCUGGAGUGCAUCGAGGGAGGAGGGGGCGGGGUUAUCCUGAAGAAGCACCGUUUCCUAUGUCGGCGCGUCGGCUUGGUUCUGGGGCAGCCGGGUCCAUUAUUAUUCGAGGCCCCGAUUUCUAUGUGGCCCGCGACUGUAGGCUUCCCUGCAGUGGCUGGGGAAGUCGGCGUGGGGGCGUGACCUGAGACCAGGGGCGUGACCUGGGAGGAUGGAUGGGUUCUGGAGUCGGCAGCAUUUUGGGGGUGGGGCUUGUGUUCACCCCGCCCCCACAUCAGCAGCAGAGCAGUGGUAGAGUGGGCUAUUUCCGGAUUUUUAAGGCUCCUGGCAGGAAAUGAGGGUCUGACUGACAUUUGGAGGGACACAGGCUGGGUAAGUGUUGUUUGUCCCUUCUUGCAGGGCCUAACCUUCCCAUUUGCCUCAUUGGGGUGACAGGGGUGUCAUUAUGUCUGAACCCAGAUCCCGAAGCAGGCGGUCCCGUUGGUGUGUCAUUUUGCCUGCGCAUCAUGUCGCGCAAAAUUUCCAUCCCCUCAGUCAGACUCCCUCUACUUUGUGUGUGCUGCGCCGCCAUCAAGCAGCUCUGCUCUGGACCCAUUGCUUCCCGCUGCCCGACCUACAGGAAGAACUGUAAUGGGCGCGUUCCCUGUCUAGGGUGGUACAGGAUGUCUCCAAUACCAACAAGGCUAUUGUGGAAGCUCAUUCGGCUCGGGCAGCGGGAGCCUCUUGCAUAACGGAGCUUCGGCCCUUCAGGUUUGCAAGGUCGUCUUUGCAUACUUUUUCUAAGUUUUACAGGGUGCACACCUUUGCAUCUUCUGAUGCUUCUUUGGGGCGCAGAGUUUUGAAAACAGCAGUUCUCUGAUUGGCAAGGGGGUUGUAGUUAAGCCCACCCCCAGGGACUGCUCUGGAACGUCCCAUGGUCAAUGCCUGUGUCCCCCAAUGAGACGGAUGAGAAAACUAGAUCUUUGUACUCACCGUAAAAUCUGUUUCUCUUCCGUUCAUUGGGGGACACAGCUCCCACCCAGUUUUUUGUUUAUGGGCCUUUUCAGGCCUGUGUGGUUCUGGGUUUGCACAUAAUGCGAUUUUCUUAUGUCUGGCUUCUCCUACUACUUUUGCACUAAACUGAUUAGCUUGGUCCCUGCAGGAAGGGUAUAGCUGAAGAGGGAGGAGCUUACACUUUGGGUGCUUAGUGUCCCGCCUCCUAGCGGCAACCGCUAUACCCAUGGUCAAUGCCUGUGCCCCCAAUGAACGGAAGAGAAACAGAUUUUACGAUGAGUACAAAUAUCUAGUUGUUUCCAGCCAAAUUUCCAUUAUAAUUUGUUUUUCUAAAUUCUGAUGCUUGAACCUUAUUGUAGCAGAUAUUUAGAAUUCUGCUAUUAUUGGUCAUAAAGUAAUACAUACACCAAUGCUGCAAUACAUUAUUUUAUUGCACCAUGUGUUUUAUUUUACUUGACAGACAUCUUUAUAUUGUUUAUCUAAAAUUCUGCCAAUUAAUUUGAAGUGUUUUAUUUAUGUACCUGCUUGUGAAAUAUACAGAUGCCUAUCUGUGCAUUUCUAGGUCUUUAAUACCGUGUUUCUACCUCUCGUUUGUAAACUGCAUGCAUUCUUCUUAAAUCUAGGUAACAACUCACAGAACCGUUGCAAAAAUAGCCUUUUUAUUAUGGCUUGUAUAAAUGUAUAAUAUGAGUAAAUAAAAGAAAUGGGGAAAAAGCUCA